AUGUCGACUUGUCGUUCAUCCAAUGGCAGCAAGAUGAUGGUCUGUGGAAAUAAUGACUAUUUUCAAUGCACGGAGCAAUUCCCUUCGCUUCCUUCUGUUUACAAACCCACCGCAUUGCAGCAAAAUGAAAAUUUUGUUGGUUUUUAUGAUUCCAUUCAAGACAUGGUGUGCGGAGCUUAUUAUGGAAUUAUUUUGAAUGAGAAGGGUGAAUUGUAUGGUUGUGGAAGAAACGAAUAUGGUGAAUUGAGUCAACAUGAUGAAUCUGAAGUGCAGAAUGUUGUGACAAAUUUCAAAAGAAUUCCUUUCACUCAUGGAUCUGUAAAAUUUAUUGCUGCAAAUUAUUUCACCUCGUAUCUGGUCACCACCGAUAACAAUGUCUAUUGGUCAGGUAAUCAAACCAAUAGUCGUCGAUUCGUUCUACAUGAUGGAUUUGCAGAGCUUAAAACGAGCGUCUUGCAAGGUCGAAACUAUAACAUUCACAAAAUUGAGACUGCCAAUUCUUCUAUUCAUUUCGUGUUGGAAAUUCAAUAUGACAAUGGAGAAUGGGAAUUGUUUGGUAGCGGCAAUUGUACACACACGUAUGAAGAUGGUACCGAUAAAUCCAAUCAAGACUCUAAUCAUCAAGUCUAUUCAUGUAUGAAAUAUAAGGGUGGUCCACUUCGAAUUCUGAAAUGCGGUGGUAAUCAUACCAUGUUGUUAACUCUGGAUUAUCAAUUGAAAGGAGCUGGAUUAAAUUCGAGGCAUCAAAUUGGACCUAAAUCUGGCAAUUAUAACUUGAAAGAUACCAUUGAACCCAUUGGAUUUACCACGCAUCAAAUAUUGGACAUUACUUGUGGUGAAAAUUUCACAGUCUAUGCCUUAACGAAUAAUGAAUUGUGGUUUUCAGGUUCAUGUUGUGGAAAUAAUUCAGACACAUUCACACUUCUUACCACUUCUCCUGCUCCCUUCAAAUUUGUUGCGUCUGGAUAUGAUUUUGUACUGUUUGUGGAUAUUUUUGGAGUUGUUUAUACCAAUGUGAAUAGUUUGAGCAGCGUGCCAUUUGAGGUUGGACAAAUAGAUUUGGAAGUGAUUAACAAGGUGGCUGCAGGAAAACAAUUUGCUUAUUUCAUUCAUGCAACCAGUUCGAAACUAGUGACCGAACAUUUUUGUAAAUUGAGACGAGUCAUGCAAGAGGGAUUACUCUAUGAUGUGACUAUUCAGUGCUGA